UACCAUCAAAAACCGAGUCAACUUUUUGUUCAAGAAGCUUGGUAUACAUAAACAAGGGACUUGAGAUUUAAGAUUGAUCAGUUAUUCUUUCGUUCUUGACCUUUCAAUCGCCCCCGAUGCUUCAUCCGCCUGAUUGGUUUUAACGAAAUGGAACCGCCUCGAGUAUCAACAACACAGCAGACUAAGUCUUCACAUUCAUCGCUCAAUUCAACAUUCGGCCAAAACGGCAGCAAUCCAACAAUCUCACAUCUUCAAAGCGAGAGCCAAGGUCCUGAUUAUGGCGCUGGACGCCAGGAACCUCAUACCCCGGGCGAAUCUACAGCGCCGGGUGAUUCGGGCUUAAAUGCCACUGUCUCUCUAGAUACACCACCUGUGUCGCAUAUUCCAGUCAACCUGCCACGUCCUGCUGACAGUUCGGAUUCCAACGGUGAAUGGUCGUCCGACGCUCGCUCGACCAGAGAAACCCAAUUUGAGGGGCCACGCAGAGAAGCUGCUCGCUCUGGUCAGCAGAAAAGAUCGUGCAUGCCAACCCUCAGAGACAGGAGUAUAAGGAGGCGGCUAUACACAUUGAUCCCAGCCACAGUCUUCCUGCUCGCUAUUAUCGCUUUCUACCUUGCAAUACACUCUGCGACACACCUCGGUCAAGAAAUCCAUAUUCUGUUGAUCUUCAUGAUCUUGAUUCUCUCCAUUAUCUUCUGCCAUACUUUGAUUCGCUUCGCUAUGGAGAUCCUGCAGGACCCAAGGUCUACUGUUGCGAGGAAUCGGAUACCCAGUAGAGUAGGCCCAAUGGGAUAUGCUCAACCAGAUCGCCCCAUUCAGGUCACGCUUGCGGGAGAUGAGGAAGCUUUGGUCGACGGCGCCGUACGAGAAAAGGUCACGACUCCCCCUCCAGCAUAUGGUCUAUGGAGAAGUAGUGUGGUGAGUGCCUCACCCAUCUCCUUCGCAUUGUCCUGGCCAUUAACUCGUUUUCAGAGAAUUAACCCUGAUCUCCUCUAUUGGCGGCGUGUAGAGGACGAUGAACUUCCACCCGCAGCCGUCAACGGCACACAAAGGAGGUCGAACAGGAAACCUUCAGUUCCUAGACCUCCUAGUUACACAUCCGACGAUGGUGUCGAUUACGUGAUUCAAGCUCAACCACGGCCUUUCGCUGCCCGACAUGAUACGGAAGAUCCAGUGCGUCAGUAAGGCAUCGCGUCCGACUUAACUCGCCCAUGGCGUGCUGUUUACUCCUUUGCUUUGAAAAUGUUUUGGCAUAGCGCAUUUUGUUACUCGAGAUAUCC